UCUACAGUUGAUUAGCUGAAUUUGUUUGUUGCGUUAAGGGUCAUUUAAGUGAAAUUUCAAGAGAACGAAGCAGAUACACGACCAAACGCUAAAAGGGAGCAUUUAAUUAUUUGGAAACAGAAAAAAAUAUAUAGCUAUCGAUUUAUUCGUUGCUAAAACGUCAAUUUGACAAACGCCAUAAUUCGUUGUCGGGGUUCUAAAGAAGGGGAAUCAAGAUUAUUAGAUUAAAUUUAAAAUAUAUUAAAAUAAAAAGGUAAAAUUUUUAAAAUGAGAGACGCUGAAAAACAACCAUUACUUCAAAAUGAAGGAAAUACAUCAAACUAUACUGCUAAUAAUGAAGAAGCUGAAAAUCCAGGCCCGCAUGAACUACCACCACCAUAUCCAUCUGGGACUGAAGACAAUAUGCCCAUGCUUCAAUGUAGAGUUUGUCAAGCUAUGAUAGAUAUUACAUACAAGAGGGAGCAACAUGUUGUUAAAUGUAAUUUUUGUAACGAAGCCACGCCUAUUCGUAAUGCUCCGCCAGGAAAAAAAUAUGUUCGCUGUCCGUGUAAUUGUUUGCUCAUAUGUAAAAGCUCAUCGCAAAGAAUUGCAUGCCCAAGACCAAAUUGCAAAAGAAUAAUUAAUUUGGCUCCUAGUCCAGUAACACCUCCGGUUCCUUCAAUGCCGGGAAUGUUUCGGGUUAUUUGCGGUCAUUGUUCUGACACAUUUUUGUUUAAUACUUUGCAUAAAGCGUUAGCUAGAUGCCCUCAUUGCAGAAAAAUAUCUUCUGUAGGGUCAGAAUUUGCAAAAACCCGUGCUUUGUUGUUUACAGUUUUUGGAAUAAUAGCAUUCAUUAUUGGAAUCAGUGUUACUGCUACUACUUAUAAUUAUGCCAAAGAUCAUGCUGGUAUAUUUAUUGCUUAUAUUGCUGUGUUUUUGAUCGCAACAUUUUUAUUUACUCGUACGUUUUAUUAUUGCCGGCUUAAAGUUAGUGCAAUUGACGGACCGAUGUAAAUUUUAUGUCAUUCCUUUUUUUUAUUCUUUUUGAUAUUAUAAAUAUGUAUAAUUAUCAUUUUAUGUUAUAAUUCUGCAAAGAAAAAAUUAAAAGUUAUGAAAAUUUAUUAUAUAUUUACCAAAUUUGUAUAAUUAAUUUUAAGACUAUGUAAUUAUAAUUAAAAUAGUAAAAAUAACAUAAAUUAUGUACACAUAAUAA